AUGGCUGCAGUCGAUGUGCAUCGCCUGAACCUCCGGCCAGGAUUCGAGUGUCAGAACAUCUGUUUCUAUCUCAACCACCCCAUCCAAUUCAUCUGCGCAGCUGGCAUCAUCGUCGCGCGAGACGAGCAGGAACGCCGCUCGAUCCUCGUUCUCGACGACAGCUCCGGCGCCUGCCUUGAGGUUGUGUGUUCGAAGAAUACGCAGGAAGCUCAUAGCGAUACCAAUACCAUCACCAACAGCAACAGCAACAACAUCAUCAUGGACAACACAACACCAUCCCAACCCACCCACCUAACUUCCGCCACCAAAAAGCCGCUCAACAUCACUCCGCUGCUCCCAGGCGUCCGUGCAAAGCUCAAAGGCACCAUCUCCUACUUCCGCGGCAUGUUCCAGCUCUGUCUCGAGCGCUACGAAAUGCUACACAAUAUGUCUGCAGAGGUGCACUUCUGGGAUGAGAGGACGAGGUUUCGCUUGCAGGUUCUCUGUGUGCCGUGGGUGGUGACUCAGGAAGAGCUGGAAAAAUUGAGGGGAGAGGCGGAGGGACUUACAGCUGCGUCCGCAGCGAGGAUAGGCGGGGUUGGGGGUUGUGAUGUUGAUUUAAAUGCGGAUGGGCAUGUUGUCGCGAGAAGAAGGAAGGAGGAAAGGGGGAGGGAGAGGGAAAGAGAUAGGGAGCGGAGGAGGGUGGAAAGGGAGGAGAGGGACCGUUUGAGGAUUGAGAAGAGGUAUGAGAGGGAGGAUGUCGUAAGGGAGAUAUUGGCGAAAAGAUGUCGGGAGAAGAGCGUACUAGUUGGUAGGAAGCAGAAGAAAGGAAAGUGGCUCAAGAUGCUUGACGUGUGA